CCCUUCCACAAUAAGAUCUUGAAAGCGAUGGAGAGCAAGCACGCGUUGGUGAGCGACGGCGAGCUCCUCAAGUCGUCGAACAGCCUGAAGGCGACCAAGGCCAACCCGCGCCACGACUCGCUCGAGUACGACCCCGCGGUCGCCGAGCGUCUCGCGGCCACGUACAAGAAGCACGGUGGCGACCUCAAGGACAUCUUCGAGGAGCUGGACGAGAACCCGCGCAAGGCGCUCAAGCACCCGCCGUCGGACGCAAACGACUUUGGCGUCAAGUACGCGCAGGGGUUUUACACAUACGCCGAAGAAAAGUAAGACUACUCAACAGGCACGACCGUGCUCGAGCG